CAAGAUGUCGCCUUCCAAAGGUGGGAACGUGGGCACCGGCAAUAGCAGCGGCGGCAACUCUGUCUCCAAGAGCAAAGAGAGCGGGGAUGGGAGCUGGUUUGUAACCCUGGCGAUCGCCGUGUCCCUGCUGAAAUGUCUGCUCAUACCGACCUACCAUUCUACAGAUUUCGAGGUGCACAGAAACUGGUUGGCCAUCACCCACAGCCUGCCUGUAUCCAAGUGGUACUAUGAGACAACAUCGGAGUGGACGUUGGAUUACCCGCCGUUCUUCGCAUGGUUUGAACAUGUUCUUGCCAAAGUGGCUCACUACGUUGACCCGGAGAUGCUGAAAGUGGAGAAUUUAAACUAUGCCAGCCAGGAGACCGUCCUCUUCCAGAGGUUUUCUGUUAUCAUCACUGAUCUCCUCUUCAUCUUUGCUGCCCGCCAAUGCUGUAAGUGUGUGAAUGGGAGGAAGGAUCGGAGGGAUCUCCUACAGAAGCCGCCCUUUGUCCUGGCUGUGCUGCUGCUCUGGAACUUCGGCCUGCUGAUUGUGGAUCAUAUUCACUUCCAGUACAAUGGGUUCCUCUCGGGUAUGCUGCUGCUCUCCAUUGCGCGCUUAUAUCAGAAGAGAUUCGUAGAAAGCGCCUUCCUUUUUGCCGUCCUUCUCAAUUUCAAGCACAUCUUCCUCUAUGUUGCUCCGGCAUACGGGAUCUAUAUGCUCCGCUCCUACUGCUUCACAGGGAAUAAUCCAGACGGAUCCGUGCGCUGGAGAAGUUUCAGCUGCCUGCGACUGGUCUCUCUGGGGCUGACAGUUUGCUCGGUGUUUGCGCUCUCCUUUGGACCCUUUGUGUACUUGGGCCAACUGCCUCAAGUGCUGUCUCGGCUUUUCCCUUUCAAAAGAGGCCUCUGCCACGCAUACUGGGCACCGAAUUUCUGGGCACUGUACAAUGCGGCGGAUAAAGCACUGUCCAUUAUUGGUGUGAAGCUGCAGCUGCUGGAUCCGGCCAGUAUCGGUACUGGGACAAUGACCAGGGGACUGGUCCAGGAGUUUGAGCACAGUGUCCUUCCUUCAGUUACACCAAUGGCAACGCUAGUCUGUACCCUGAUCUCCAUACUGCCCUCUGUGUUCCAAUUAUGGCGCAAACCUCAAGGCCCCAGUGGUUUCCUUCGUUGCCUAAUUCUGUGUGCUCUGGGCUCCUUCAUGUUCGGUUGGCACGUUCAUGAGAAAGCCAUCCUGCUGGCCAUUCUCCCAUUAAGCAUCUUGUCUGUGACCAGUGCAAAGGAUGCUGGGAUAUUCUUGGUCCUCUCCACGACCGGCCACUUCUCUCUCUUCCCUCUGCUCUUCACAUCUCCAGAACUGCCAAUUAAGGUGCUGCUGAUGUUGAUUUACACUGUAUUUAGCAUCUCGUCCCUGAGAGCCAUGUUUCGGAGAGAGCGGGCGCUGCUGAGCUGGCUUGAGACACUAUAUCUAUGGGGGCUGGUGCCCCUCGGUGCCUUCUGUGAAGUUGUUUAUCCUCUGACCCCCUGGCACCAGCACCUCCCGUUUGUGCCCCUGCUCCUCACCUCUGUGUACUGCUCCCUCGGGGUCUCCUACUCUUGGGUCAGACUUUCCAUUUCAGCACUUGCCGACUUGCAACCUGCUAAGCAAAAGAAAACCCAAUAAAAAGACUUGAAUUCUCAGAAUGCUGGGCCGCUCGGGAUACGCACCUUUUAUAUCCGCUCAGAAUUGUUACAUUCCAUAUUUUUUCCUAAAUAAAAUAUUUUUGUUGUAAAAAAAAAAAA